AGGCGGCCGGGAAGGGGACUGGGGGCCAUGGCGGCGGCGGCAGGAGGAGGAGGAGGAAGAAGAGGAGAAGAUGAAGAAGAAGAAGAAAAAGGAGGCGGCCGGGAACAGAGGGGGGCAGCGGGGGGGGAGCUCCUCAACCGCUUCGUGCAGCUCCCGGGCAGGCCGCAGCCGGCGGGUCACAGAUCUCCCCCUGCAAGGAGCGGCCAUCGGUGCGUGGCCGACAACGCCAACCUCUACGUGUUUGGAGGCUACAACCCUGAUUACGACGAGUCUGGUGGGCCGGAGAAUGAGGACUACCCGCUCUUCAGGGAGCUCUGGCGCUACAACUUUGCCACGGACACCUGGCAUCAGAUGGGCACGGAAGGCUACAUGCCCAGGGAGCUGGCCUCCAUGUCACUCGUACUGCACGGCAACAACCUGCUGGUGUUCGGGGGCACCGGGAUCCCUUUUGGGGAGAGCAACGGCAACGACGUCCACGUCUGCAACGUCAAAUACAAGAGAUGGGCCCUGCUCAGCUGCCGAGGGAAGAAACCCAAUCGAAUCUACGGCCAGGCCAUGGCCAUCAUCAACGGCUCCUUGUACGUGUUUGGUGGGACGACCGGUUACAUCUACAGCACUGACCUGCACAAGCUAGACCUCAACACGAGGGAGUGGAUCCAGCUGAAACCAAACAACAUGUCCUGCGACAUGCCAGAGGAGAGGUACAGACAUGAAAUCGCGCAUGAUGGUCAACGGAUUUAUAUCCUGGGAGGUGGAACUUCCUGGACAGCUUAUUCCUUAGAUAAGAUCCACGCGUACAACCUUGAGACCAACACCUGGGAGGAAAUUGCCACGAAACCUCAUGAAAAAGUCGGCUUCCCAGCAGCCCGAAGAUGCCAUAGCUGUGUUCAGAUAAAAAACGAUGUGUUCGUUUGCGGGGGCUAUAACGGAGAAGUGAUUCUGGGAGACGUCUGGAAGCUGAACCUGCAGUCUUUCCAGUGGGUCAAGCUGCCAGCUGCCAUGCCUGAACCCGUGUAUUUCCACUGUGCUGCCGUCACACCGGCUGGCUGUAUGUACGUUCACGGCGGGGUGGUCAACAUCCACGAAAACAAACGGACUGGCUCCCUCUUCAAAAUGUGGCUGGUGGUGCCCAGCCUGCUGGAACUGUCGUGGGAGAAGCUCCUCAGCUACUUCCCUCGCCUAGCAACUCUCUCCAGAGCUCAGCUCUUGCACCUUGGACUGACGCAGGGACUGGUGGAGCGACUAAAAUGAGACCAGCUCGUGCUUCUGCCCCGUGGCCAAAAAAAGGCCCCUUCCCCUCCCCUAUUUAUGGAUACUGCAGAUGGUCUCACUAAAACCACGGAGAGGAAGCUGCUCAACGCCUUACUCAGCAAAUACAUCGAUGCCUUUCUAGAAAUUUUUACUUUCAGUUGUCGGAAAUCCCCCUUUUUAAUUUAUGGAGCUCGAAAUCCCCGCUGUUAAUCAAAAAAAAAAACACUCUCUGGGACUAAUUCAUGCCAUCCUCAUCAGCACCCGCUUGCAAAUCUAACAGGGGGGUGGGCUGGGGAAGCUUCAUGAAUGUCAGCCCUCACGCUUCCAUGGGGCACAUCCACCUUAGCAUUUCCACACGAGCUGUACCUACCCGAGGCCAUUCACUGCAGAACGACAGCUGCCCUGUUCUUUUUGCUCUGGGUGCCGCCCAGCUGAGCUCUCCCUCUAUAAAAAAAAUGAGAACUGCUGCCCUUUGAAGGCUCUGCAUGUGUUUUGUGGGCACGUUCCCAGCCUCUUUGAGCUUCGGAAGGGGGCCAGAAGGUUGCACGAGGAGGAGCUGAGCGAGUCUCAGCCCGUGCAGCGGUUCUGGUGCUGUGUGUGUCGAUUUGAAGCGCCUGUGUCUGUGUUUUUGGCCUUUUCAUAUUGAAAGGGUUGCUUGGAAGACCGGUUAAAAGUUACCACUUACUGGA